GCGUCACUCUGUGUCCGGCGAUGUUGGCAUCAGCUGAGCCCCGGAGUACCGAACGGGCGUUCGAAACGCGCGCUCGCGACCCGGAGUCCGCGCCCCAGUGACACUCAUUGGCGCUGCCGCUGACGUCGUCUGCUGUGCCGUGCGCCAAACGUGUUAGCUCUUCUGACCCGAGAACAGACGAUAGAGACCGUCGUAGUCGUUUGCCGCGCCGUGCCACGCGCUUCUGCUGGUCUGCGAGUUUCUCUAUGAAACAGGAGCAGACGACGGCCUGAACUGUCGUGGUCGUCUGGCCACGGAGCACCACCUGUUCCGUUUGGGCCGUCGCUGUCGUCUGCUGCGCCGUGACACGUGUUGCUUGCUGUGUCAGUUCCUCACUUGAACCGAAACAGUCGAAAACCUGAACCGUCGUUCCUCAUCUACCACGGAGCUCUGCGUGCGCAUCUGCUCCGCCCGCAUCCCUCGCUCCGGAACAGACGACGACGCCCAGAAGCGUGCGCGCCACGUGCUUCUUGGAAAGUCGUGCUCGCUGCUGAAAACGAAGCUACCAACUGCCGAGUAACGACGUCGCGGCGCAAAGAUCCACGAGGUCCUUUGAUAAUCGAGUCGCACUUUUUCGAUAAAUCACUUGUCAAAUACUUCUAUUUUCCCGCCUGUGAGACCGCUUCCCUGUGUUUGUCCGCCUUCUUCGGUCGGCUGUGCUUGUCCGCGUGAUUGAGCGGCCUCCGCCUAUCGAGUUCUUUCGCGACCUUCGGAAGUGUGUUGUUUCUACAUCCAAAACUCGGGCGGAAUUAAGUGCGAACACGUGUUCCAGAGACGUGCUUGCGGAUCGACAGAGACAAUCCUUGGCCUGCCGUUAAAGACUGGAAUGAUCCCGGCUUCGGCGUGCCACCGCUCCUGAACCUUCCGAGACCGCCGGGCGUAUAGCCAAGACCCUCUACCCACAUUUUUCGAUUUGUGUUUUUCGUGGAUGAACGGCCACCGUAUUCUUCGUUGCGACUGCGUCAUGACUCUUCUGCUGUGAAGUUUUCCCGGACUAGACUGGCAGCGUCGACCCCAGGGGUCGGCGGGAGCCCAGCGAUGGCUCGAGGAGGAGGAGGUGCCCGCCCCACGUCGGCAUCGGCUGCGGCUUCGGCUUCGACGCGUUGGAUACCGCCGCUUCGUCUUCCACUACUGCGGGCUUUCGUUCUUCUCGGCCUAGCGACACUGACGUCUUCGGCCAGGCGUGGUGUUUCCCUACCCAACUAUUCAAUAAGGCCACCCCAGUUGGGCAGAGAGCGCAUCCGCUACACGACCGAGUACACGUGCGAAGGGCGCGAGCUGAACAUAUCGUGCCCGGACAACUACCAGAUCCACCUGGUACGCGCCAACUACGGCCGGCUCAGCAUCGGCAUCUGCAACGACUUCGGUCGGCUCGACUGGAGCGUCAACUGCAUGUCCUACAAGUCGUUCCUCAUCAUGCAGGACAGGUGCGCACACAAGUCAAGCUGCGGUACGCACGUGUCCAGCAGUCUCUUCGGGGAUCCUUGUCCCGGUACUCUCAAGUACCUGGAGAUGCAGUACCACUGCGUACUCGCCACCGCGGCACCAACGCCAUCUGGAGGCGCCAAGGAGCGCCCGAGGCCGCCGCUCCACGGACCCGCGGUGACGAACGGCACCUCGCACCCGCAGCAGCUGGGACCGCGAGACCGCCCCACCGCGGGGACGCCCGAUCUCGACGUCCCCAACAUCCACAGGUCCAAGCAGGACGGGUACGGCCCUGCGGCUACGUCGAGGCGCCCCGCGCCGAGUACGACGACUCCCACCACGACGACCACGACGACGACCACCACCACCACGACGUCGACCCCUGCGCCGACGACGUCGCGCCCGACGUCGACCACAGCGUCGCCGAUGCGACCCGACGUCGGGGGAGAGGACCUGAGGCCCGUGCCGGACAUGCGCGACUUCAACAGGAACCGCUACCCGACGCCGGACUCGAGGCCGCCCUGGCACGAACUCACGCCGUUCGCCACGGGAGAGCCAGGUGGCGCUGUAGCCGCGAUCACGGAGGACCCAUUGUUCGAGGCGACCCCUGGCGGCGGCGGCGCCGAGGAGUACUGCGCGCCCACCACCUCCCGGGAGCUCUCGUGGAACUGGACCAGAGCUGGAAACACGGCUGUGCAAAAGUGUCCCGGCGGAGCCACCGGUGUGGCGAAGUGGAAGUGCAGUCACGCCGGUCUUCGCUGGGUUCCGGACAAACCGGACCUUCGCCUCUGCCGAUCCCUCUGGGUGGAGAACCUUCGCGAGCGGCUGGAGAGCGGCGAGUCGAUCAUCAGCGUGGCAAUCGACCUGUCGCUGAUGACGCAGACCAAGUGGUUGUUCAGCCAGGACGUCAAGCACAUCGCGGCUAUUGUGCAGCAGAUGCUCUCCAAGGCCGUCAGCAGCAUGGAGACAUUCCUGGAUGCCUGGCACAGGGAGCAAGUCUUCAAGGAACUGCUAGACGCCAUCUCUGAAACAGCCAGCAACCUGCUGGAACUGAAGCAGAGGCCAGCGUGGCAGGACCUGAGCUCCGCUGACCAGAAGCAAGUGCUGACCAUGCUCAUGGCAGCCCUGGAAGAGAGUGCUCUGCUCCUGGCUGAGUCAUUCUCGAGCGAGUCAUUCUUUCCCGUCGUCAAGUCUAACAUACUUCUAUCUGUAAAGGUCAUCGACUCUCGAUGGACAAUGAACAUCCAGUUUCCGUCAGUAAGCGAGACUCAAAGCUUGCAGUGGUCCGGCAUGCAAGAUUCGGUUCUUCUACCUGUGGAGUCCAUAGCACAGUUCUCAAAACACGGUCUCGGCAAAGUUGUGUUCAUCGCGUACAAUGGUGUCGAAGAUUUCUUGAGGCCAGAGCCAAUGGUGAGGCAAGGGAUGGAUAGCUACAUCAGUGACGAUGGAUACAGCGAACAGCCGAAUGUCGUCUUCAACCCCGGCACGCAUGUCGUAAAUUCACGAGUAGUUGCUGCCUCCGUGGGUCGCCAUCGCAACAGCCACCUUCCGCAGCCAAUAACUGUCACCCUGAAACACCUACAGGAAAACAACGUCAGCAACCCUCAGUGUGUCUUCUGGAACUACGACAUGCAGACAUGGUCCACCGAAGGCUGCUGGGUGCACUUUUACAAUACAACGCACACAACCUGCGCUUGUGACCACCUCACAAACUUUGCCGUCCUCAUGGAAGUGCAGCCAGUACAGGCAUACAGUACAAAUCCCAGGACACUGAAAGUCAUAACCACAGUUGGAUGUGUCCUGGCAAGCCUUUUUCUUCUGGUGACCAUCAUACUUCUUCACAUAUUAAGCUUCAGAAAGAACGACCGGCUCUGGAUUCACAGAAACCUCACCCUGUGCUUGCUCAUCUCCGAGUUCGUCUUCAUCGGUGGCAUCAGCCAGACUCACCUGCCCAUCCUGUGCGGGGUUGUGGCCGGGCUUCUCCACUAUUUCCUGCUGGUUGCAUUUGCCUGGAUGUUCCUUGAGGGCUUCCAGAUCUACACAGUCCUCAUGGAGCCCAUGGAUGGCCACCGGUCCCGGCUCUGGUGGUUCUGCAGCCUGGCAUACAUCGCACCUGCCGUCAUCGUUUCCAUCGCGGCCAUCAUUGAUCCCUACAGCUUUGGCACCUCCAGCUACUGCUGGCUGGAGUCGCAGAACUACUUCAUCUUCAGCUUCGUGGGGCCCUGUGUGGGGGUUGUGUUUGGCUGUGUGAUCUUCCUCUGCAUCUCGGCCUGUGUCCUGUGCCAUCAAGGGAGCACCACGACAGCAGUCAAGUGCAAAGAAGAAGCCAAACUUCGGAGAGUUCGAAGUGACAUAUGGUGGGCUGUCUUUCUGGUGGCAAUCAUGUCCCUGGCCUGGGGCUCCGGCAUCCUCUAUGUCGUCAAGUACACGGCCAUGUUUGCAUAUUUAUUCUGCAUCUUCAACAGUCUGCAAGGAGCCUACGUGCUCUUCUUCUGCUGCUGGAAGAACGAAGUGGUGCAAGAGGAAGUGCAGCGGGUCUUGAAAGAUGUGCCCUGGCUUCCCGAGUGCCUGCGGCGUUCUUCCGGGAACGAAGACGCCCCCUCGCCGCACGUGCUGUCCAAUGGCACUGCAGCUCAGCUCAGUGUUGUCCAGCAGUCUUGGAACUCACAGGACAAAAAUUCUACAGUUACCCCAAAGUUCACCAUACCAGGUCACCAAUCUAUGGACAGGGUCAGCAACAACCGCAGCCUAGCACUCGCUUCUCCCGGUGCUAACAACAGGAUGCUGGAGGAAGGGCAGAACAAUAUCAAUGCCCUUAGCCAAGUCUCUGGCGGCACGCUGCACCGCAGUUCGGCCAGCAACAACAUCAGUGCCAUCAACAGCCCUGAACAGCAGCAACCGCCCUCACAGCACCACUCCAACAAGCUCCAGCGGACCCCAAGCCACAUGAAGAGCGGCCAAGCGGCCCAGGACGGACCCCAUCACCGAACUUGGGCUCACAGCCGGAGGCCGGGACACUACUCGGAUUCGUCGAGCGUCUACAGUGCGUUUGCGGACCACAUCUAUGAGUCCAUCGACGGUGAUGCCUCCUCAGUCGAUCGCCUGUCCGACGUCCCGCCACCACCUGCGCCUCCCCAAUCCGAGGCGUUCUAUGGAGACCUGUCCGACAUGAGCCAGCACUCCUCUUCCAGCUACGGCUACGACCAGCGGCCCUUGCUCGUUACGCCACUGCCGGGCAAGUACCAGGCCACACCCCUGGCACACGUCAUGCAGGGCUUUGCCAGGGACUACGCCACGUCUUCGCCAGAGAUGCCGCGCUAUGGCACGGAGCAGCAGAGGCACUAUGGCUCAGGCCGACGCAAGCACGACAUCGUCGGCUUCAAUGGGCCUCCUUACUCGCCCAAGAUGCUGUACGAGGCUGCCCUGGCGCAGAGGCUAGAAGAUGCCCCAACAAACUUCUCCUCAGAUUCGGGCAUGGUCGCCGACAGCGAGGAUUGCUGGGGCGCAUCACCUACGCUGCCGGACUUGUUGCACGGCCCCGUGGAGAGCAACCCUGUGGUGAUGGCGGUGUUGGACGGUGAAAAAGUGGUGAGCAGGAUUCGUCCGGACGCCAUGAUGACGGCACCAUCGGAUCCGAGAUUGCAACAGCAGCAGCAGUCUCAGCACCAGCAGCGAUACAACCUCAGCACGUACUGCUAACCGGAGUAGUGUGUGUGUGAUUGGCACGUGCGUGUGCUUGUGGGCAGUGCGCGUGUUCUUUUCUUCUUUUUUUCCCUGCUUAGAAAUUCACGUCGCAUAGGACUUUUAAGAAGCAAUCGUGUACUUAACUGAAAUGGACUGGCACUUGCGAGGGACGGAUUGUGUGUGUUCCCCAGUCCGUCUACCCGUCCACGAGAGAACUUUCUUUGCAUGUCUCGGAGGAAAGCAGGUAUAGAAGGGAGACCGGUUCUUUGAAUCCUAAGCAUCUAGUCGUCGAACACAAGAGUGGAGGGGGAAGUGCUAGUCGCUGGCGAGAGCAGACUUGGUACAGCCAUUCAUGCUUACCGCCCGUGAUCAGAGAAAGAGCAUGAACGUCUCUCGACUCCUUAAUUUAAGAAAAAAAAAAUGACGAGAGACUGAACGGUGCUUUUCGCUAAGAAGCCAGGUCUAAUCGACGGCUUUGUACAUUUUUUUAUUAUUGCUGUAAGUACAAUGUAAAUCUAGACAUUUGCGCCUGUAUUUAAAUGUCCUUGUUUCAUGUUGUCUUCUUUUUCAAAUUCCUCUUGGAGAAUGUUGCAAGUGAACCCAGGAGAAGAGCAGGCUGGUUGUUUUUGUCAGUGUCCUGUAAAUAAGGCGUGUGAGAGCUAUUUUCGCAGUUUCGUAAGUCACCCGCUGCUAUAAGCAAAGCGUCACCAAAUCACCAACAGUGCUGUACAUAGUAUAACGGAACAAACAUUGGUUGCACAAACUCUAUUUUCUUGCUGCCACUUUGGUCCUUGCGCACGCCAAGCUUGUCAUCCGUGACCAGUUCAAUUUUACUCUUGCUGAUUGUAAACAAGAUCUGCUGCAAAAAUCAGAACUGCAAGCAGAGAGAAAAAAAAAAAGACAGACUCAAGCUUGGCAUAGGCAGCAUUCGUGUCAUUUUUUUCUUAUCACAGUGUGCUGUCACCUUUCAUGUCUUGAAUAGCACCCCCAUUGAUACAUUCCUGUAACCAUCUCAAAUUUGAAGCACGCUAGCAAUUUACAGCAGCCUAUGCCUUAGAAUAUCAAUUAAAGUCUCUAUUUCCUGUGUGAGGCUGCAGAGAUGUUGCAGCUAUUCUGUGAUCCCAAUCAUUGCCUAAGUUAUCCAGAGAAAGGACAAUGUGUGUCUCUGCGUUAAGGAGAGGUUUCGAGCGAUUCGAGACUGCCGGAAGCUGUUAUUAAUUUAAGACGUUAGAAGUUCUUGCCUACGGCGGCUCUGGUAUCGUGGCUCGAACAAAUAGUGGUCAUUUACCGGCAGCAUAGAAGGCUGAGUGAAGUUGAAAGGUCUGUGGCCUUUCUAGCACUUGUUGUACAGAAGUGUGCCAAAUAAAAAAAAAUGUUUGAAAUCUUGCA